CCCUCCUCCGUGUCGUCGAACAAUAGAAGCUUAAUCUCAGUUGAAAUAAAAUCACAGAUACAGUAACAGUAUGUAGCCUGAGUUGAGUUUCCAAUAUUAUGAUGACUUUAAGAAAGAAACCAAGUCACGCAUUGCUCUUUGGUGAUCUAAAUAUAAUCACGCUAUUUAACAAGAUUCGCUAAAGAGCCAUGCCAUUCAACAAGUGUUUCUUUGCUUCUUCUGUCACUGUCAUCCAGUUACCCAAUCAAUCAGCCAUCUCGGGGUCAGCAGCAAUUACCUGUUGCUUAUUAAAUAAAAGCUGCUUGUUUAUAGAAGGCGUGAGCUAAGUCAUAUUGGAGGGGCAACAGCUCAGUGCAAUCAUAUCCAGAAGUGCUGGCUACCGAGACAGGUUCUCAAUUUAGCCUCAGAUACAAUCCUUAACUCUGAGUAUUGCGUACAUUCAUAUAGGAUCGUUAUUCUGUAUUGCAGGCAAAAUGUAUGCAUGGACGGAAGGCACCAAAACUCCAAAUCUCUUGGGCGACCAGGAGUCUAUUUUCUCCAUUGGCAGUCCUGAUUUCACCGUCCGAUCUACCAUUAUUAACAUGGAGGACAAGGAGACAAAAGGAAACAACUGUCGAAGUCAAACUUGCUCCGCUGACGUUGACAGACGCUCAUUUGCGGACCGAUUUCGGGAAUUCGCAAAUAGUACAACUUUUCAUGGAAUCAGCAACGUGACAAACAGCAAACACAACGGAAUCAGAAGAUUGUUUUGGUCGUUGAUUGUGAUUGGCGUAUCAUCCUGGCUUGUGACUGGCAUCACACAAACAGUGAUUGAAUUUUUCAAGUAUCCAGUAACUAGUGCGAUCUCCAUCAAUUACGUGGACAGCAUGACUUUCCCGGCUGUGACUAUCUGUAACUUCAACCAAUUCCGCCGCUCUGUUAUACCCGAUGAUCAGGUGGACUUUAUCAAUAAGCUGUACGGACUUGAUCCGGAAGCACCCACCGACCUCAACAUCUCUGACUUCGAAAUAACAGGUCUUACUCGGGACCAAUACGAAGACUUGUUCGCAGCCAUGUCUCAUCAACUGGAAACUAUGCUCAGUGAAUGUGUGUGGAGAAGUAGUGAGACAUGCACGGUUCAGAAUUUCACACGGCGAUUCACUGAUCAUGGCAUUUGCUUCACUUUCAAUGACCCUAAAAAUGGAUCGGAGAUUUUGCAAGUCAACAGUGCGGGAACUCGCAAUGGGUUGUUCCUUCGACUGUAUGCUGACACUGAAGAAUACAUGUUUAGUGAAAACACAGCAGCCGGCUUCAGGAUGUUGCUGCAUCCUCAAGGCGUAGCACCCCUUGUCAAGGAGCUCGGCUUCUCCGUUUCUCCCGGGUUCGAGUCAUCAAUUUCUGUCAGACAGACUCUUGUGGAAAGUCUUCCACAGCCUUAUGAGUCGAACUGUACCAAUUCAACGCUCAGGUAUUCUGACACAUACACGGUACCCUCCUGCCGCUUUGAGUGCAAGGUUGAAUACGUUGUAGACAAAUGUGGAUGUCGUGAUUACAGAUGGCCAGGUCCAGCACCGAUCUGCAACCCACAGGAGCAGUUUAAGUGUGUGUACCCACAAGAAGCUGAGUUUCUGAGACAGAAUGUAGAAUGUUCCUGUCCGGUGUCCUGUGAAACCAAAACAUAUGAGAGUCGCAUUUCUCUGGGCUACUGGCCAGCCGGUCACGUGACUGAAUUUGUUGAAGCACACAUGAACUUAACGGAGGAAUAUGUCAGGAAGAACUACCUGGAUGUGUAUAUCUUCUUUGAAGAGCUGAUGUACCUAAAAAUUGAGCAAAAAGAAGCAUACAGCACAUCAUCAUUGCAAAGUAACAUAGGAGGGUACAUGGGUCUGCUCUGCGGAAUGAGCUUGAUUACGGUCCUGGAAUGGGCAGAUUUCACUCUCGUCUCAAUUAUACGGAGAUUCCGAUCCAGGAAGGAGUAAUUUUUCGCGUCAAAUCGGAUUUGUGUGAGCAAAAUUUCAGGUGAAAAAGGAAAUCUGUUUUCAUAGACAGUUUUAUUCUACAUGAACGAACUUGAUGCCACGACAGUGUUGCGUUACUCAACUUAACAGUGAUGUUGUCUUGUACUGAAAUUACUGGUCCAACUAAUAUGGAUCGUUUAUCUGACAUACGCAGGUCUUUCUUUGGACGAAACUAUUAAGAUUAAACAAAUAUGUACUUUUAUUUUUAUCCUUAAAUUGAGAACUGUGUCUUAACAACUUAUAUUGCUGACUGAACAAACAUUGAAACUCAUAGCUGAUGCAGAAUACAUAUAAUUUCAAUGUCUGCACCCUAACAAGCAAGUCACGUUAAACAAUGUAAACUGUAUGUAGGAGAUAGAUUUUAAAACGUCAACAUAACUGUAUAUAUAGUAAUUAAUUUCUUUCUUUUGGUUAGACAACGUAUCCUCUGUUUCCUGGCAAGUACAACUGUAUAUUAUGAACCAUGAUUUGAGAUAAUGAUAUCAGAUUAUUUAUUUAAAUUUUAAAGGACGAGUUAAACAAAGAAAUUGCAAUCUGAUUUGAAUUUCCAAUAUGCACUUCGAGCUCGUGAACCUUUUUUUCAAUUAAAGAAUAAAAUGAGUUCAUCUUUUCAGGAAGUGUUCUUGACCUAUCACCAGCAGUGCUUAUUUCUCGUUCAUUUACAGACUGUUUACUUCCAGGAUUCAAACAGGUAAAACAGCGUAAAAGUUGUUAUAACAUGAAUAGCGAUCCCAUAAUUUUACGGGCAUUUUCUCAUCAGUAAGUUGCGUAUUUGUGGAAUGAAUGCAUCGUUAUUGAACCAUCAGCAAACAAUCCUUAAUGUCUCUCAAAUUCAUUCCCAGACGAGCAUCA